AUGACAGAAAAGAGGAAAGGAACAAGCAGCCAAUGGACACCCACUCCCUCCCUUUUCCGCAGCCCGGUGUCGGUGGAUUGGUGGAAGGCGACGGGCGUAAAACUAGUUGAGCGGGCGGACCACGAGCACGAACUGUCAGUGCAGGUCCUGGCGGUGAGUGAGGACAUACUCGUGGCUGCAGGACGCCAUCUGAAGGAGAGGCUGGAGCACACAGACCUCUGCCUGGCCACCCGUGUGAAGGAUACGAGGCACGCGAAGACCCUGCUGGAGGAACACCACGCGAAGCUGGUGGAGGAAGAGAGCGAGCUGGAGAAGAGUUUGGUGGAGGUGGAGGACCAGCUGGAGGCCAAACGAGGUCCUCUCGCCCUUGCGCAGACUCGCCUCCACACGCGCAGGCGCAGACCAAACAUGGAGCGAACCAGGGACGAGGUGGAAGCCGCACUACUGAAGGAGGUGGAGGAGCUGGAGCUGACCAUCUCUCGCCUGUCGUCCGCGGCGGAGAUGACCCGGGACCAGAUCCAGAAGAUCAAGUCCACCCGGGUCAGCCUCCAGCACGACAUCAACCUCAAAGCCAAGACGCUGUUGCUGGACGAGGUGGAGGUCCUGGGGCUCAGGUCUUCCGUCAAGAUCGAUACCCACUGA